AUGGCUGCUUCUUCUUCUCUAACUUCAUCUCUGUCUCGCAAUUGGAUGUAUCAAGUCUUCCCGAGCUUCUGUGGAGGAGACGUGCGCAAAGCCUUUCUUAGUCACAUUCUGAAAGAGCUCAGAAGCAAGGGAAUCACACCUUUCAUCGACAACGAGAUCAAGCGAGGCCAAUCGAUCGGUCCCGAGCUCGUGCUAGCGAUCAGAGAAUCAAGGGUUGCGAUCGUCUUGCUCUCCGUUAACUACGCUUCUUCGAGCUGGUGUUUGGAUGAGCUAGUGGAAAUCAUCAAGUGCAGGGAAGAGCGUCAACAACAAACAGUGAUGACCAUUUUCUACCAAGUGGAUCCAACCGACGUGAGGAAGCAGAUCGGAGAUUUCGGAGACGCCUUCGAGGAAACGUGCGUGGGGAAAAGUGAAGAGGUGAAGCAGGCAUGGAGGCAAGCGUUGAAGGACGUCGCGAGUAUAGCUGGUUAUCACACUCGCAACUGGGACAAUGAAGCUGAUUUGAUCAGCAAAAUUGCCUCAGAUGUUGCAGGCGUGUUGGAUUUUACACCAUCAAGGGACUUUGAUGAGUUUAUUGGGAUUGAAGCUCGUAUCAUGGAGAUUAAUUCGUUGCUGAGUUUGGAAUCAGAUGAAGUAAGGAUGGUAGGGAUUUUGGGUCCUGCUGGGAUUGGUAAGACGAGCACUGUGAGAGUUUUAUAUGACCAGCUCUCUCGUGGUUUUCAAUUCAGUGCGUUUAUGGAGAAUAUCAAAGGGAGCUAUGCGAGGCCUUGUUACGAUGACUAUCAAUUGAAGCUGUGUUUGCAGAAACAGUUGCUGUCUCAGAUUGUCAACCAAAAGGAUGUUGAGGUUCGUCACUUGGGAGUGGCUCAGGAGAAGCUGAGGGAUAAGAAGGUAUUGGCUGUUCUUGAUGAAGUGGAUUGCUUGUGGCAGUUGAAUGCAGUGGCAAACCAGCCUGGAUGGUUUGGCGGCGGGAGUAGGAUUGUUAUCACAACGGAAGAUAGGAAAGUUUUGAAAGCACACGGGAUCGAUCGUAUUUACGAGAUGAAAUUUCCGACUAGAGACGAGGCUCUUCAAAUCUUCUGCCUUUAUGGUUUUGGGCAGAAGUAUCCGUGUGAUGGGUUUGAAGAGCUUGCUUGGGAAGUCACUGAACUUGCUGGUCGUCUUCCUCUAGGCCUGAGAGUGUUGGGGUCGUAUCUUCGAGGAAUGUCCAUGGACGAGUGGAUAGACGCAAUACCAAGGCUCAGGUCUAGCCUUGACAGAGAUAUUGAAUCAACGUUAAGAUUUAGCUAUGACGUGCUGAGUGAUAAAGAUAAAGCUCUUUUUCUGCAUAUUGCAUGUUUCUUUGUUGGCUAUAAGGUCGGUCGCGUUAAGAGAUGUCUUGCAAAUUGUGGUUUGGACGUCAACCAUGGGGUUCUGGUCUUGGCUCAGAAAAGUCUCAUAACCAUAAUAGAAGACGGAUCCGUGGAGAUGCAUUGUUUACUGCAACAGAUGGGAAGAGAAAUUGUCUAUAAACAGUCUUUGGGCGAGCCUGGAAAGCGACAGUUCUUGAUGGAUACCACGGAGAUAUCUGAUUUACUUGAUGAAGAUACUGGUACUGGAACUGUUCUAGGCAUAAAGCUCCAAACUUUUGAGAGAGAAGAAAUCCGAAUAAGUAGAACAGCUUUCCAAGGGAUGAAUAAUCUCCAGUUUCUAGCAGUCGGCUCUAUAAGCUUAUGCACACCCGAAGGCCUCAACUGUCUUCCAGACAAACUCAGAUUAAUAGAGUGGGACGACUGUCCAUUGAGACUUUGGCCUUCCAAGUUCUCUGGCAAGUUUCUUGUCGAACUAGUCAUGCGCCAAAGCAAAUUUCAGAAGCUUUGGGAGGGAAUCAAACCUCUCAAAUGCCUCAAGCGGAUGGAUUUGAGUUUUUCUCAGCAUCUGAAAGAGAUUCCAGAUCUCUCAAACGCAACGAGUCUCGAGGAACUAGAUCUCUAUGAAUGCUCAAGUUUGUUAGAGCUCACAAGCUCUAUUGGCAAUGCCACUAAGCUUACAUUCUGCAGACUUGGCAGUUGCUUACUUUUGAAGGAGCUCCCCUCUUCUAUUGGUAGGUUAAUCAAACUCGAGUUCCUGGACCUCAAUGGUUGCUCGAGUUUGAAAGACCUCGGCGGUUGCUCGAGUUUAAAAGAAGUUGAUCUGAGCUAUUCUGGGAUAGAGGAAGUGCCAUCAUCAAUCAGUUCUUGGUCUUGUAUUUAUAAAUUGGAUAUGUCAGGGUGUAGAAACCUCAAGGAGUUCCCAAAUGUUCAUGACACCAUUGAAGAGUUGGUUUUGUGCGAGACAGGGAUAGAGGAAGUUCCUCCAUGGCUUGAGAAUCUGUUUCGUCUGCGUAAACUAGUCAUGUAUGGAUGCAAGAAGCUGAAAAUUAUAUCUCCAAACAUUUCUAAAUUGGAGAAUCUUGAGUUUCUUGGUCUGCGUAUCUCUGGCGAAAAUGUGUUUGAUAAUGCUCGCUUAUUCAAAGCAGUAAUCGAAUGGGGCCCUGACAUGAAGCACAGCUGGACAUUACGAUCAGACUUUAAAGUUCACUACAUUUUGCCGAUAUGUCUACCCGAAAAGGCUCUUACAUCUCCACUGUCAUUAUGUUUCCGCAGCAAUGGUUUCAAGACUAUUCCAGAUUGCAUCAGACGUCUAUCCGGACUAAGUAAACUUGACAUCACAGAAUGCAGAAAGCUCGAAGCACUUCCACCGCUUCCAGGUUCCCUUGUAUUUUUAGAUGCACAAGACUGUAUAUCCUUGAAGAGAAUAGACUCUUGUUUUCAGAAUCCAAAGAUUUGCCUAAACUUUGCUGCCUGCAUCAACCUGAAUCAAAAAGCGAGAAAGCUCAUCCAGACAUCAGCUUGCAAAUAUGCGCUCUUACCCGGUGUAAAAGUACCUACACACUUCACUCACCAGGCUGCUUCAGGUUCCCUAGCGAUCAAUUUGACUCCACGACCUCUUCCUUCAUCCUUCGGAUUCAAAGCUUGCAUCUUGCUGUCACAAGGCAGCAUUAAUUCUGAGGAUCACAGUGAUGAAGAGGAUGAGAAGUCAAUGAUGGGUGUGUCUUGUCGCGUCAGGGGUAAACAGAAUGGCCUCACUGUCCAAUAUGGAUCAAACCAGCUUCAUAUGCCAGCUCUAUAUGGAUAUACAGAUCAUCUGUAUAUAUUUGAAGAUUCUUUCUGUCUAAACCAGGAUUUCCCUGAAGCCGAAGAAGCUACUUUCAGCGAGCUUGUGUUUAACUUCAUAGUCCAUGAUAAAACCUGGAAGGUGAAAGGCUGUGGUGUACGAGUUUUGAAUGGAGAAAAUGCAGAUGAUGAUGAAGGUGGUGAGGAUGAAGAUGAUGACUGUGGUGGUGAGGAUGAAGAUGGAGAUGAUGGUGAUGGUGAGGAUGAUGAAGGUAGUGAGGAUGAUGGAGUUGGUGAUGGUGAUAAUGACGACGUUGAGGAGGAUACAGAGGAUGUAAAUGAAACUCAAGAAGGAGAAAAAUCUGGGUAUCAGAGUUAUGGAAUCUUAUCUGCAAAUCAGAUUCCCUCCCGAAGAAGAAUGCGGGUAUGA